AUGAGCUCUUCAACAAACGUUAGAACUCCUCUUACCUCGCAAAGACCUGCGUCUACCGCUUCAAUAAGGCCUCCAAGUGCCUCAGUCAGACCCCCCUCAAGUGCCUCAACAAGGCCUUCGUCAAGCGCGUCCAUCCGGCCCUCUAUCAGUGCCCCAAUACGGCCUUCUUCCAGCGCAUCCAUACGCCCAUCUCCAAGCACAUCAUCUGCAAGACCAAUCUCGAGGACGUCGUCUCGCUCGAGCUCUCGUCUCACACACCGGCCUUCCUCCCGCUACUCUCAGCGACCUUCAACCCGCCAGUCUUCGCGUCUUGUCCCUCUGUAUCAGGCAUUGGUUACGCAAAUUACCGGCCUAACGUCCGAGAAUGAUCAGGACAAUUUCCGUGACGCUGUUGACUUCGUGUCCAAGAAUUUGGACCAGUCUGUGAGGCCUUCGGCCAACCACGACUUGGAUACGGUAGAAAGGCACUUCCGCGGGCAUGUCCAAAAGGCUCGAAUAAAUGCUAACGAUACUCUCGGUACUGCCCUCGAGACUUCGCAUCGGAAGUUCAAGAGUCAGUUUGAGCACAACGGCGAUCUGGAUACCGAUGUGAAGAUGUCUCGCCUUCCAGAUCAUCUCCAGUUGCUGAUUUUACUUUCACUACCUCCAUCUCAAGAUACCCUCACCUUUGCAGAUCACUACGUGGAUAGAAUCAUCAAUCCAUCGAAGGCCGCCCCCACCUUGACGUGGAAGGAUAUUCUAGCCGAGGAACCAUUCGAAGGCCAACACUGGGAAGGCGUGUACGGGCUGCCUCCAGGUAGCACUGUGGAGAACUGGGACGCUCAUAGUGGAGGCAGCACCCCAUCAUUGUCUCCCUUCGAUGACUCCGACCUCGACGAUUCGCUCUCUUCAUCCGACAUCUUGCAGUCAGCUGAGGCGCCAGCUUCGUUGCUUGUGGAUGCGGUGAAUGAGCCCUCCUAUCAUCCUGGGGUGACAUACAGUCAUCGAAACGAUGUUGAGGAGCUUGUCGCUGGACAAUAUUGGAAAACAGAUUGGCGCACGGAUGCUUCCGUUGAACGUCCUUUCAACAUCUGUGAUGCUUCGACUUUAGGACCUGCCGUGCAUCGUGCGCUAGGGCAGCGUGCAGCCUUGAAAUUUGAUGGUCCGAGCAAAGAGAAAUACAUAAAUGAACACGACGCUGUACGUGAAGUCCUCAUGGGAUUACAAGGCCGUCGAAACCUCAUGUUCAGCUGGGUACAUAGUGGCGAUCGGCCUUUCUCGUUCUUGCCCUCUUCUGGAGUUCGUUUGCUUCAUGUCAGUGCAACCGCACAAAUGUCUAUACUGGCAUCGUUCUGCCGAACAGCAACCGCUGUGGAACAUUUGCGGAAGUUCAUCUCGGCCGUAUUUGUCAAGUCGCCUCAAGCGAGAGGCGAGGGGGAUACACAUAGACCCCGGUCUUUAUUCAAGCAGAGCACCCUCACUCUCGAGGCAUUCGCGGAUGCCUUGGAUACCCAGGUCAGAUCCUUCGAUUUCUGGUGUGCGAGCAAGGAGGAAGAAAUAUGCUUGGCUCAAGCAGGCAUUGGACCUCCCCUCGUCGUCAGUCUUUUGAGUUUGGAGAAAGCCAUUAAGGACACGUUUUCAGCGGCAUUCACCGUCAUACUAGACAUUCUGCGGGAGAUGGUCAAGCGGGCACUGCGUUCACCCAAUCCUGUGGUGGAAGUAUGGAUCCUGCCCGAAGUGCCCGCAAAGAUUUCGCCGUCCGCGAUGACUGCCCUCCUUCUAGACCGCCUCCUGACUGCCGUGCAGGAGCACACGUCCAUGGGCGACGCCGUCACAUCGGAUGCGCUGAUGCAUGUGUUUGACGACACCGCAGAGCCAAUCUGGGCGAUGGUCGGCCGCUGGAUGAAAGACGGCAUGCCUCUGCGGGAGGUCGUGCAGCCCACCGAGGCACAGCGCUUCGGGUGCCUGGAAGACGAAUUUUUCAUCGAGGACAAUGAGAUGCUCAUGUUAGACCCGGAUUUCUGGGCGCAUGGCUUCACCCUGCGGAGCGGCCAGUCGGAUGACGGGGAAAACAGAUCAACGUCGGUCCCGACCUUCCUCUCGCAUGUCGCGCAGCACAUCCUCGCCGCCGGGAAGGCCAUUGGACUGUUGCGCGCCCUGGAUGUGCAAGCGGUGGUGGAUCGGGCGGCGAAGCAGCACUGGAUGGCGCAGUGGCGGCCUUUCAAGACCUUGAUGGCGUCCGCGAUGGGGUCGAACACUGCCGUGGUUCAGUGGCAGUCGGUUACGACCUCAACUGACAACCUCUCCAGCAUGAUCUUCGACGAGCUGUCGCCGCAUUUGUCGUUGGCCCAGGACAUGCUGAUGAAGGUGCUCGUUGACGAGUGUGACCUGUGGCUCCACCUCACUGCUAUCGAAGAUCUGUACUUAAUGAGGAGAGGUGAUGGGAUGUCCCACUUCCUCGACAGUCUGUUUGCAAGAAUGGAUAGCCGACUUCCUUGGGACGAUUUCCACUUCCUCAACAGCGCCUUCCGUGACGUCGCUGAAGCAGGCUCACAAAGGUGGAUAGAUGCCUCCCUCGUUCGAAUCUCGCACAGGGGAGGCAAAGACAAGAGUAUCACCCGGACUGUUCGCGCCAUUGAUGGUCUCCAGAUCGAGUAUGCGGUGCCGUUUCCGCUGACAUACAUCUUCGGUCCGCGGACGAUGCAGGUGUAUUCCUCCAUAUUCUCAUUUGUUCUACAAAUCCGCAGAGCGAAGAAUGUGCUGGAGCGGAUACUGGUGCGUGCGGACGUGGGCCGCACCUCGCGGAGUGAGCUCAAGGUCUUCUAUGCCAUGAGGAGCAAGUUAUCGUGGUUUGUCAACACCUUGCUCAAUUUUAUCGCGACCAAUGUGUUGCAUACGCAAUUGGUCAGUUUUCACGAUGCCUUGCAGCGAGCGAAAUCUCUGGACGAGAUGAUCCAGCUGCAUAAUGAUCACCUUUCCAAGAUCGAAGGCCGAUGCUUGCUGCAGCGAAAUACUUCAGCACUCCAUCGCACGAUCAUCUCUAUCCUUGACAUGACUCUGCUCUUCAGCGACUGCUUCAUCGCAUUCGCGGGAGACACGACGCACGACAUCUCGCGGCACUCUAUCAUCAUGAUGAAGCGCCACCGCAGCCGCCGCGUGCGCCACCAGCGGCGGAACGUCAUCGGGUUCUCGCAGUCGUUCCAGGCACUUGAGGACAGCUCGGACAGCGACUCGGACUUCGAUGUCGAUCUCACAGAGAACGGGGUGGAGCCGUCGUUCUCGCUGACCGCAUCGUCGGCUGCUGGCGACGAUUUCUUGACGCGGCUGGACAAGAUAUCGACGGAGCUUGACAUACUGGUGCGCUUCGUUAGACGGGGGGUUGAGAGCCUCGCAGCGGGCACGGGCGAGGCGGCCCCGGCGUUUGGUAUAUUCGCGUUCGCACUUGAAGAUUGGGACAGAUAA